AUGCAUUUCCCCUCCGCCGCCGCCGCCGCCGUCUCCGCGCUGGCCUCCGUGGCCCACGCCCGCAUCAAUGGCAUCGCCGUGCCCGACACCAUCCGGCCCGGCGACAGCUUCCACGUCGUCAUCCGCAGCUCAAACUACAUCCAGACCGUCUACGACGUCGCAAUUGCCUUUGGCUACGCCCCAGGCCGCGGAUACCCCGACACCCUCGGCGCCGUUGCGGACUCCUUCUAUCUUGGCCCUGGCCAGUCAAAUCAGCUCGGGAACAUCAAGAAAUGGAUCACCAUCCCGCCCUCCGCUCCCAGGGGCCAGGGCGUCGUCACGGCCAGCCUCAUGAGUUUGUACGGAGUCUCCCACUCGCCCGUCCUGAGCAACUACAACGUCACCGUCACCUUUGGCGACCAGACAAGCAACAAUUACGUCUCGAGCCAGCCAUAG